AUGACGCAAAGUCUUGACGUGGGUGUCUUUGGUUCUUGUAAGAACCAACUAAGACGGUACUGUGAGUAUGUUACUCAAGUAGUCAAAGAUGAAGAUGACAUUGAAAACAAAAGCACUGAAAAUGUAUUUGAGGAACAACUUGAUAUGGAGGAAGUGGUGGAGGAGGAGGAAGUUGAUGAAGUGGAAGGAGAAACCAUUACAAAGAAUGUAAGAGAUAAAAGAGGAACUUUUCUCAUGAAUAGACUCAUCUCAAUGUUGUCUGCAUUUCAGGCGGCAACAACGAGACAAAACGUUGUCUCUGCUUUUCAGCAAUGUGGUAUCACUUACAAGACCGACAUAAACUGUCCAUCAAAAAAGAGUCAAUCAUUGUCCCACAAAAGGCGAGAAUUGUGUGUCAGACAUAUCCAGGAAUUUUUGGGUCUCCGGUUGCAGAAGAGGAUGUAA